AAAGAUUCUUUGGAUACUUUUAUAAAAAUUGCAUGUCAGUGUUUGGUAGAAACACAAAAUCAGCGUCCAACAAUGAGAGUUGUCAUCCAGGAACUUGAGAAAGCAUUAUCCUUUCAUGAAAACAACAAAGAUCCCUACAGACUCUCAUUUGAAGACAUAAGAUUGGCCACACAAAACUUCAAGCGUGAAAAUCGGAUUGGAGUGGGCGGUUUUGGAAGGGUAUACAAAGGAGAGCUUACACAUUUAAAUGGUAAUGGACAUUAUACCAUUGUUGCAAAGCGGUUAGAUACAAGUCAUGGUCAAGGAGAGACACAAUUUUACAAUGAGUUACAAAUUCUUUACGAGUAUAAGCAUGAGAAUGUUAUCGGUCUUGUAGGCUAUAGCAAUGAAACAGAUGAAAAAAUCAUCGUUUAUGAACAUGCAUCUAAAGGAAGUCUUGACGGGUAUUUAAGUGAUGUUAGCCUUACAUGGAAUAACCGACUUAAGAUAUGUAUCGAUUUUGCAACUGGGCUAGAUUUCCUUCAUGGACGUCUUAAUUGGCAAGAGGCAGUCAUACAUAGGGAUAUCAAACCUGCUAACAUUUUACUUUUUGAUGACUGGAAAGCAAAAAUUGGUGAUUUUGGACUUUCGAUGAUAAGUACCAUAAAUCAGGAUACAAACUAUGUAAUUGAUCAUGCUUGUGGCACACGAGGCUAUUUAGACCCCUUGUACUUAAAAUCAGGUUUCUUAACAGUAGAAUCCGACAUUUAUUCAUUUGGUGUGGUUUUAUUUGAGAUUUUGUGCGGGAGAUCAACGUACGCAAUCUACCAUCAAAAGGGUGAGUAUCUACCUAGUUUCAUCAAACACGUAUUUGCAGAAGGAAAACAACAUGAGUUGGUGUUCGAGGCGAUAAAGGAUGAAAUCGUGCCAAAAUCGUUGACAACAUUUCAAGACAUCGCCUACCAAUGCGUAGACGAAGAUAGAGAAAAACGACCGAGAGCAAAAGAAGUUUUAUCACAACUUAAGAAGGCAUUAAAAUACCAAAAUCGGAAGAUUAAUUGCACGUUUUUCAAUUUUCAAGGAGGCGGAUGAAGACUUCGAGGGAGGCAGCGUCUUCUAAAUUCUAACUUCUGUCUUUUUUUUUUUAAAUCAAUUUAGGCGAGUUUUUUUUUUUAUAUCCGGCUGCUGGAAGCCUGAAAGUUUUACUGUAUGCAAAGGAUAGUAUAAUAAUUGGGGCCUUUUGUUUUUGUUGGCCCAAAACAUAUGCUUGACCCCAUAAAUAACUGGGCUGGCCCUGGGCAGAAUUAUAGAUGACAUGCAAGUUUGUAUGUUUUUGUCACUUUAUGCAACAACCAUUCACAGUUUCACACAUAAGAUAAUAAGAAUAUUAUAUAAUAUUGCAUAAUUUUGAUUUUUUCUUUUUAAUAUGUACAUAAUUUUAAGUUAUCAUG